AUGGCUAGAUCAAGGCGUGGAAGUAUCGUUAAUUUCUCCUUACAACAAAGGAGUUUAUCCAUUAGUGAUCCUUCAUUAGAUGUCAGCAUUUCAUCAGACGUUACUCAACAACAACAACGAAAAUUAUCAACAAUAGACAAUAAUUCCACUAAAGUUUUGGUAUUCAAUGCAAAAUGUUCAGAUUUAUUUAAGCAGACAUUAGAAGAUGUUGUUAAAGAUUGUAUACUCGAAUUUCCAGGUGAAAAUUCUGUUUAUGUUUCAAAAACGGGUCAUUCAAUUCAAAUACCGAAAUCAGCAUCAGGCUCAUUGCCACCAUAUUCAUUAUAUGUUGGCGAAAAUACUAAUGAUUCGUUAAUAAAACAAAAAAAAUCAAAUAUUGAGAGACGACGAAGUUCAAUAAAUCUUUUACGGGCAUCAAUACCAAACUCUCUUAAUUCAAUGAACGAGAUUACACGCGCCAGUAAUGAUGAAACCAACGUCAUAGCGUCAUUACCACUAUCGUUACAGGGUGCAGCAAUAACAACCCUAUCAACAACUCGCAUGAAAAACUCUGCAAGAUUUAAUGCAAAAAUUUUAGAAGCUAAUAUCAGAGAAGAAAGUGAAUCAGCAAUUAUCGAAAAUAAUGAAUUAACCAAAGAAUCUUCAACAAUUGUUAUGCCAGAAACAGUGCCACUGGAUCGUCAAAGUGUUCGAACUUCGUUGACUACACGUCUAAAUUCACCACGUUUAUUAACCCGUGAAAUGUCAUCACGUACACUAUCCUAUUUUGAACGAAACAAAGACUAUCUUCUAUCCGAUUUAGUUCUAUUUGGUCCCGAAUACUUUUCACACGUUUUUAAUUUAACACGAUCGUCUCGCUAUGCUCCCGUCCCACAUAAGACUGUUCCUGACAAAAUCACGAACACAAACCAACCAUUGUCGAAACGUGUAUCGACAUCAAAGUCGAUGCCAAAACUUAAAGUACAGCGUGUUAAACAGAAGAAAAGUGAAAAUGUUACUGAAUUAGAUAGAAUAAAACAAGAUCUUUAUCAUCGAUAUUUAUGGACACUUAAACCAAAUGUAUCAUGUAGAAUCCGUCCACCAUCAAGUUAUAGUAGAAAUGCUACGUUUGUUAUAUGA